UGACAUAAUAAACAAGCUUCUCUCCGAUACUUUCCCCUUUCCAAGCAAGAACGAAACAAAAAAUAGAGAUGUUGUUUAAGAAAAAUAACUUUGACAGAAGUUAAAAAAAGAUGUAUUAGAAUAAUAUAAUUGGUCAUGUUGGUAGACAACACAAGCAAAAAUAAAAUGAUAUGACGGGAAAAUCAUUGCAAUGAAUACUGAUAUUAAUAACAAGACAGGACCAGAUGUUGAUACCCAUAUUAAAGUUGAAACAAAACUUGCACCACAAGAUGAAGCUGUAAAGGCACAAUCAGGGCAUGGUGAAGACCGUGCAGCAACAGGAUCAACACACACAUUUAAGACAGAAUAUGGAAAGAUGGAGGUAUUGUUUGAGUACUCUGAUGGAACUUUAGUGGGCAAUAAAGAUGCACAUCAGCAUGAAAGCUCUACAGAGAAAGAUUCUCUUCAGGAAUCGAACUCAACAGCAACUCCUGUAGUAGCAAAAUAUGAACAAGGUCAACUGAUUCAGUCUGUAGCAAAACCAAUACAAAGAGUUGCCAGUUCAGGAACCUGUGAACAAGGGCAAUUGAUUCAAUCUAUACCAAAACCAAUACAAAGAGUUGCCAGUUCAGGUACCUGUGAACAAGGUCAAUUGAUUCAUUCUGUACCAAAACCAAUACAAAGAGUUGCCAGUUCAUGUAUAGAAGUAAUUCCAGUUCCUUCAGUCAACUUCAAUAAGAGGCCCCAGGAAACAAUCUUAUCCAAACUGAUUGAUGUUCCUUUAGUACAAAUACUGAGUUCAAGCAUGAACUGUGAUCCUUCAACCAAACCACAUAAUAUUGUAGAAAAGGUUUCACAUUUUCCUGAGAAUGAGAAACACAUCUCCACACCAGGAUUUACUGGAGUAUCAUUGUCUGGCCAAAGAACAACACUGGUUCCCUAUGCCAAAUUUCCAAAUACUUUACCUUUUAGUAUGCCUUCUUCAACUGCAACAACAAAACAGCUAUUAUUAGCUAAGAUUAAUGCUAGAAAAUCAACUGCAAGAUCUACACUUGAUCCACCCACAACACAACAUAAUGCAGCUUCAGUGUCUAAGGAUGUAACAUUGUCAAAGAUCUUACCAAGCUUUGUCUCACCCUCCGCUACAUCUCAGAAUGUCUCAUCCUCCGCAUCAUCUCAGAAUGUCUCACCCACCGCUACAUCUCAGAAUGUCUCAUCCGCCACUAUACCUCAGAAUUUAUUUAAUAAAUUAGUUCAAGGCAAUAUAACACAGGACCUUUCUUCCAAAUUGUUACCGUUAAAAGGGAAACCUACUGGUACUAAAUAUAUAAUAGUCAAACGUAAAAAAACUCAUAGUACCACAGAAAGUAGCAAUGUGAUUGAAAAUCAGGAUACUGGUUGUAAGUUGACACUGGAGCCUCAGAGUGCAGGCCAUGUGGUGGAUCAACCAAGUAAACGUAUAAAAGAAUCAUUCAUAACAUUAUCUCAGAAUGUCUCACCCGCCACUACAUCUCAGAAUGUCUCAUCCUCCGCAUCAUCUCAGAAUGUCUCACCCGCCACUUUAUCUCAGAAUUUAUCUAACAAAUUAGUUCAAGGUAAUAUAACACAGAACCUUUCUUCCAAAGUGUUACCGUUAACUGGGAAACCUACCGGUACUAAAUAUAUAACAGUCAAACGUACAAAACCUCAUAGUACUACAGAAAGUAGCAAUGUGAUUGAAAAUCAGGAUACUGGUUGUAAGUUGCCACUGAAGCCUCAGAGUGCAGGCCAUGUGGUGGUUCAACCAAGUAAACGUUUCAAAAAAAUAUUCGUAACAUUGGAAUCCUCUAGAAAAAAAGAUGCUCCUUUAACAGCUGAUCAAUAUGUAAACGAAGAUCAACCCAUAAAAAUAAAAAAUGUAAAUGCAACUGAAUGUGGUCAGUUUGAAACUGUCAUCACUCCUGCAUGUAUACCUGAAACUGAAGUUUGUAGGCACAGUAGUUUAUGUUCUCAGACAGUUUUUACUGAGUGCGGGAAAACUACUUUAAACAUUGAGGAUCCCAUGGAUAUUGAAUGUGACAAAUCAAAUAAUAAACAUGAUAAAGCUAUGGUUGAAUCAGAAGUUUGUCUUCCUGGAAGUAAAAAUGUAAAUAUGUUUAACAUCAAAAGAGUUGAACAUUGUGUACCAUUACAAAACAUUUUGAGUAGAAAAAAGAAUGCAUUGCCAGCAAGCAUAACAAGACAAGGUCAACUAUCAGUACAAACACAGCCUCAAAGUCAGAUAUUAGUGCAAAUUCAACCUGAAGGUCAACCUUUUGUGCAAACACCCCCUGAAGGUCAACUUUCAGUGCAAACACAGCCUCAACACUGCCUAUCAUUGCAAAAUCAACCUGAGGGUCAACUAUCAGUGCAAGCACAAUCUGUAAGUCAACAAUCAGAGCAAACAGGGUCUCGGUCUCAGGGUCAGCCAUCAGUACGAAAACGUUCUAAGGGCAAGCCAUCAAUGCAAACACAGCCUCAGAGUCAGCUGUUGGUGCCAAAUCCUCUUCAAGCUAAAGUAUCUGUGAAGAUAAAUGGUAGAGUUAAACUAUUUGAUCAACAACAAAUUCAAGCUAAACUAUUGAAAGAACCAGAGUUUCGUACUCAUUUAUUGAGACAACCUGUAUUUCAGUUUGUACAAACUGAGCCUCAAGGUCAGCCAUUGGUCAUGAACAAAGAACAAAAGUCACAAGUGAAAAAGACCAAGAAACAAGAAUGUAGACCAAAGGAAGUUGGCAGAUUAUCUUCAGAGGCAAAAGGUAGAGAUCAAAUGGAAGUCACAUUGGACAGACCAUGGGAUUUAGGAACGGAAAAUGAUGAUAUAGAUCAAGAUGUUGCUGAAUCAUCUAAUUUACAAACAGAAACGCAGACAGCACAGAUAUCAAAUAAUCUUAAAAACAAGAAGGUUACCAUAAUUUAUAAAAAAAAAUCUUUAAAUACUGACAUGCAGACUACUGACCAAAAGAGAUCUAGAAAACGAAAAUGUUUGGAAAUUGUGGAAAAACCCAAAACAGAGACCAAUUCUUCGUUGCCUAAAAUCAACAAAACUGGUGCAGAUGUUCAUAUUGGUAAAAGGGUUAUUGUUGAACCUGUUACAAGCAAUAAAGAAGAUAUUUCAGCCAAUGAUGUGUUCAAAAAGAAAAAGAUGGAUGCAAUGACAGCAGGAGAAAAGAGAUACCAGGGGAAAUUUGAUGAUCCAGAUACAAAUAUAAAAGGAAGCGUGAGCAACCCAAACAACUACAGAGGUGCAGCAGUCCCUAGUUGUCUAAGUUUAAUCCGCAGUCAAAUGGUGCCAAUGUUAACUACUGGGAAGAUACUAUGCAAAUUUUGUGGUGAAGAAUUUUGGUUGGCCAGAAAUUUACAGAAGCACCUAACUUUUUCACAUCUUGAAAAGGGAGGUCAGAUGUAUAUUAGGAAAGAAGAAAAUCUUGUCCAUCAUUUUGAGCGUAGGAUUGAAGAGAUGAAUACGUUAACAAAAGAAAUGGCUCUCGAACAUCAGGACAAAAAAAAGAUUAUCCCUAAAAUGCAUACAUGCGUUGAAAACGAAACAAAUUCAUUGGAUAAUAAUGUUAUGAAAGAUAUUGAUGUUAUCCUGACGAAGAUUAAUUGCAGUAAUGACCAACUGCUAAAUACGGUUUAUACUACUGAUAUUUGGUAUUGUCGAACAUGCAACCAGAGUUUUACAGGAAAUAACUUGACAACUCAACUGCAAAAACAUCCAUGUAGUCAUCAAUUCUCAGUGCUAUAUAUCUAUCCACAAGUGAGCAUAAGUCUACCAUCCACGUCAGAUGACAAACCAUCCACUCCUUAUCUAGACCUGGAUAGUUUUUUAUUGGAAAAUGGAUUGGUUUAUGUUGAAAGUACUAGUUCUAGUGGAACUAAAACUCAAAAUAACAGUCAAAUUGAGACUCAAAAUAACAGUCAAAUUGAGACUCAAAAUAACAGUCGAAUUGAAACUCAAAGUAACAGUCAAGUUGAGACUCAAAGUAACAGUCUAAUUGAGACUCAAAUUAACAGUGGAAUUGAAACUCAAAGUAAUAUUACUAGAAAACCACCAAUUGUCACCAAAGAACUGAUAGGUGCCAGUAAAAAUGUUAUUAAAAAAAUGGAUGUAGUUGACAGUAGUGUAAAUUUAGUGAACAAUAGUAACAAAGAAUCAUGUGUGUCAGAUAUUAGUGAUGAUAUUACAGCAGUCGUGGAGAAGUUUAGAGAAGCUUUUAACUUAAAGUUUGAACAAGAUAUUAUCAAGAUGAGGUGUCCUAAAUGUCUUGUGGAGGUUUAUCUAGAUGAUUUUGAUGAACAUACUAACUGUGAAAACAUACAGUUGAAAAAUCAAGUACUAAGAUUUUGUUCUGUAUGCAAAAUUGGUUUUCUUUCAGAGUCUCUAUUAAAUGCUCACAUCUUUUUUGAGCACAAGGACAAAUCUCAAGAUGUAAAUUUUGGACAAGACAUUCAAUCUGAUGUACCGAUGAAUACAAGAAGUCUGGGUCAUAAGGAAUUAAACACACUGUCCAAACAAUCUGUGACUCAUGUAGAUACCAAAUUCCAAUUAGACGAUAUGUUAAAAACAAUACUGAAAUCAAAUACUAAUUAUACCUUUGAUGAAAUAUUUUGUAUUUUUGAACAGGGUCAUGUACAAAAUAUGCUUAAUCAGAAAGAAGAUCAGAAAAAAGAUGCAAAUGUGAAAAACGAAGGGAAAGUUGAUGAAGGAAAAGUAAAUAGUGAAAGUAUCUCUAUGGGUUGUAAAAUUUGUAAAACUUUCACGUCAUGUGAAAAGUUAUCUUCCCAUUUUUACCUUGUCCAUUGUACUAAUAACAAAUGUUGUAGAUUCUGUGAAGAAAUGUAUGUAGGAAAUGUUCAUGUCUGCUGCAAUGAAAAAGAACCAAAAUAUAUCACAAGGAUAAAUAAAAUGAAGGCAAUCAGAAGACAGACCAAAAAGACGCAUUUAAUCAAAAUACAGGGUACAUCGUCGAAGGAGAAAAAAGUUAGACAGUUAUUGGGGCAGUUAUUUUGUCAAUGUAAAAUCUGUAAAGUGGGAUUCCUUUCUCUGCCCAAAUUGAAUGUACACAUUUUAAAUGAGCACACUGAUAAACAUGUGUGUAUUUUAUGUAAGACAAUCUUUGCAUCUGAAAACUGUGCUGAAAAUCACUUAUGUACGGAAAUUACGGAACAAUUGAAAAAGAAGAAUAAUGUGACUGGUUUGUAUGAAAUAUGUUACGAUAGACAAAAAGAUGAAGUACAAAAUCCAAAAGACAUGCAAAAUCAGAGCACAACUAAUUAUUUGAAGUGUCCUGAAUGUGAAGAAGAUCUUGGUGUUGAUGACUUUAAUGAGAACACUAAACUACAAAAUCAAGUGAUAUAUACAUGCAGAAAUUGUAAACUCAACUUUAAAUCAAUUUUUUGUACUAUAUGCAAAUGUCCAUUCGAUUCUUUGGAAAUGUUGUACUCACAUUUUUACAGUCAACAUCAGACAGACACAAAAUGUUGUCUCUUUUGUCGACUAGCAUAUAUAGGAGACAAUCAUUAUUGUGGGAAAAGAGAAAAAAAUGCUGAAAACGCGGAAAAUAUACCUAAAAGAGGAUCAAAUUACAAAAUGCAUUUUAAAAAAAGGUUCAAGAAACAGAAAUGUUUAAAGUGUGAAUAUAUAAUUAACUUUUGUACAGAAAACACUGAUGUCUUGUCUUGUAAUCAGUUAGGUUGUAUUGCUUGCCACAAAGUUGGAGAAUGUCAUGGUGACACUUGCCACAUCUGUGGGCAAGUUUUUCAUUCUUUCGCACAUAGAUCAUAUCACGAAUACACAGAACAUCAGGAAGGAGUUAUAGAACUAUGGACGAAUAGAAAGAAAGAGUUUAGAAGAGAUUAUCUAAAUGAUUAUAAUAUAAAGAGGUAUAAAAAAAAAAGAAAAGAUCGACAUAAGUGCGCAAUUUGCGAAAAGAGGUUCACUUACUUUGUGAAAAAGAAACAGCAUGAAUUCGAAGUACAUGGUAUUCAGGGUACCAAAUAUCAUUGCGAUGUUUGUGAUAUGAAAGAUGGAAGUUAUGAAAGGAUGAAAAAACAUAUGGAAGAACAUUAUAAAGGGGAAGGUACACCAAAUACAGACGAAAUUUUCGCCAAAAAAGGAGAAAAAAAAGAAGUUGUCUGUUAUAUAUGUGGUAAAUCAUUACUUAAAAGGAAUCUAAAUGCCCAUUUAAGGAAAUAUCAUGAAGCUGCCAAUAGUGGUAGCACUUCAACCACAAUGACAGGAAAGAUAGUUUGUUAUAAAUGUGGUCAAAUUGUCAAGAAAAAGAAUUUCAACGCCCAUUUUCGUGAACGGCAUAUGGAGAAAGAAGAAAUGUGUGAGAUUUGUGGCAAAAUGUUUUAUCAUCGAGGCAAACUAAAUGAACACAGAAAAUUAAAACAUUCCGAAAAUAAAGAAAAAAAGGUUAAAAAGAAAGGACCCCCACAACAAUGCAAUAUUUGUGGAAAAAUUUUAGCCAACAAAAAGUCUUUGUACAUUCAUGAGAAAUUGAAACACUCGCACAAGAAAUUCCAGUGUCAAAUUUGCGGCAAGAAAUAUUUUUACAGUUUCUUACUGAAAGACCAUAUGAAACAAAUACAUGAGAAAUUUAAUCCAAUUGUUUGUCAAUACUGCAAUUACAGAUGCUAUAUGAAAUCAUCGCUUGUAAAACAUAUGCAGCACAAUCAUUAAUUCAUUGAGAAAAAAAAUAAUAUUAUUGAUUUUUGUGCUUUUGAUAGGAUGUCAAUUUGUUUAUGUCUUGCUGCUUUGAAGUAGUGGAGGGCAGGACUUUGAUGUGCUGUUUCUGUAGUAGCCAUCAACAAUGUGUUAAAGUUUGCGAUUUGGUUCGUUUAAGGGGAGCAACUAUUGGUAAUUAAAAUUUAUAUUUGGUGGUAUGUUGUACAUCUUAAAAUUUUUGGCAUAGUUUAUUUUAAUGUAUUGCCAUUUUAAUUUCGACAUAAGCAUUACACUAUCAAAAUUUCAUAAAGGUGAGACAAAUCUGUGUGUCAACAGUAUUUUGAAGGUGGUACCUCACACUACAGGGAGAUAACUCUGUAAAAAUUAGCUAAACAUUUUAAUCAAGCUUUACAAUGAUCAAAUUAGUGUUUGUCAAACUGCUUUAUAACCAAUGAAAUUUAUCUAAUAAAGUGGUUGGUUUAAAAAAAUUUGAAAUUUUAUAUUUUUGUCAAAGGGACAAAGUAAACAUUUUGGCCAAAUUAAUAAUAGUCAAGGUGUUGGGUACCACCUUAAGGUAUAUACUUGAUGGUAUCACUAAAAUGUGUAUAAGAUUUUCUUAAUAUUGUUUAAAAAAAUAUUUAUUAUAUACAUUGAAAACUGUAUAAGAAAUUAAAAGUUUUUGUAAUCAUUUUCUAGAAAUGAGACAUUUAAUUUUAAGUGUUCAAUAUUUCAUU